CCAACCACGUGUGGUGACAGUAUCCGGACUAACAGUUUAGUAAGAUGGGGAAGGUUAGAAAAUCUGGCGGCACAGGUGAGAGUAAGGGCAAAGGACAGACGUUAGCGGAGCAAAUUUUAGACGAUAAAAGUGCCCGAGCCUCGAGUCGAAGAAAAACUAAACAGAGGACAGAUGAGGACGAUGAGUUUGUGGAUGAGAAGCUCUCCAGAAAGAUUUUACAGCAAGCAAGGUUACAGCAAGAGGAGUUGGAAGACGAACAUGGCACUGGAAAAACUCGCCUUAAACCCAAGCCAGUUUUGCUCAGCGCUCGAGGAAGACCUGCUGAUUCUGGCUCGGAAGAAGAAGAGGAGGUUGAGGAGGCAGACUUUUACGAGAAUGUUGAGGUUGAUGAGGAUGAUGAAAGAGCACUGGCUAUGUUUAUGAGCUCCAAUCCGCCGGCACGCCGCACUCUAGCAGACAUCAUUCACGAGAAAAUCACAGAGAAGCAGACAGAAAUCCAAUCUCAGAUGUCAGAUGGGACCGGGGUACAGAUGAGGGAUUUGGACGAGAGGGUUGUGAACAUGUACAAAAGCAUACGACAGGUGCUCAGCAAAUACCGCAGUGGCAAACUACCCAAGGCCUUCAAGGUCAUACCCAACCUCCGCAACUGGGAACAGAUCCUGUAUUUGACAGAGCCCGAGGCAUGGUCGGCUGCCGCUAUGUAUCAGGCCACUCGUAUUUUCGCCUCCAAUCUCAACGCCAAAAUGGCUCAAAGGUUUUUCAAUUUAGUGUUGCUGCCCAGAAUCCGUGAUGACAUCGCAGAGUACAAACGACUCAAUUUUCAUUUGUACAUGGCUCUGAAGAAAUCGUUGUUCAAACCAGCUGCUUUCUUUAAGGGGGUCCUGCUUCCAUUGUGUGAGUCGGGGACCUGCACGCUCCGGGAAGCCAUCAUCGUGGGAAGCGUCCUGGCUAAAAAUUCCAUUCCCAUGUUACACUCGGCAGCGGCCAUUUUGAAAAUCGCUGAGAUGGACUAUACGGGGGCAAACAGCAUUUUUCUGCGGACAUUGCUUGACAAAAAAUACGCUCUGCCUUAUCGAGUGGUUGAUGCAGUUGUCUUCCAUUUCCUGAAAUUUGUUCAUGACAAGAGAGAUUUACCGGUCUUAUGGCACCAGAGUUUAUUAACAUUUGUCCAGCGUUACAAAGAAGACAUUUCAUCGGAUCAGAAAGAGGCUCUGAUGGAACUGUUACGUGGACAUAUGCAUGCUCAGAUAACGCCAGAGGUGCGACGUGAACUUCAGAGUUCCAAAAGCAGAGACAAGGAAUUUGAAAGUGCCGAUGUCACUACCUCAGGUGAUAUGCAGACAGGAUGAAAGGGAGAUAACUCAGUGUAUCUUCAAACUCUUAGCCUUGAAGAAACCAGAGGAUGUUUCUUUGAACUUCUUGGGCUGUGGUGUUGUUUGAAAGCUGUUGUUUGUCUGAUGGAUUGAUGAACAGUAGACAAAUCACUGAGAGAUCAAUAUUGAUCCUAGCAUUUCCUGACCACCGUUGUGCUAUUGGGAUCAUCCAGUAGGUAUUUCUGGCUGCAAUACAUGUAAAUAUUAGGGUCCUAUAGGUUACUUGAGUGAAUUGAUUUUUCUUACUAUUUAUGUAAAAAAUUUGUCAGCUUCAACUUUAAAAGUAUAUAUCCCCUAACUUUCGUGUGGAACAAUGCCAUACCACCACAUGCAUCUUGCGCUUUUUUCUACAUCAAAAGAUCAAAAAAUCAACCUAGCAUAACCACCAUUUUUUGGAGCUGUGUUUGCUGGAAGUGAAGUCAUAGCAUUUUGUUACCUAGGUGACCAGUCUUGUUUCCAGUUUUAUCCAAAACAAACAAAAUCCUGAUAUAUUUUAACUACAUGUAGGUGCAAAAUAGCAGUGCACAUGUUUAUGGUGUUUGAACAACCUGCACGUUGUGCAUGGCAGUAUUACCCAAUCAAUUCUCCUUCACUCUUCAGUUUGGAGACAAAUUUGGAUCCAAUAGUUUCGAGUUGGAACUCUUUUGUUGUUAAAGGUAAAA